AAUGCAUGACACUGGUAUUUUAUUGAGAUGCGAUGAGAACUGCUCUGCAGUUUGUUGACUUAAGGAUAUAACGUGUUCAUAUUUGAUUUCAUUUAAGACGUUUCGGAUCUUUUCCAAGUUCCGUGUUUGUAAUAUUAUUAUUUUAAUAAGUAUGAAAGUUUCUAUGUGAUUAACUUUUGAACGUUUUUGAUGCUAUCAUCAAACGAUAUUUGUCUGAAAUUAGCUAUGCUCUCCAUUAUAAGUAAACGAUCGCCAUCUUAGUCUAAAUGUCUAUGUCGACGGAGUGGGGGAACGUUCGCGCAUGUGCACUUGGCAGCAAAUAGCGUGCACUCCAAACUCAAUGUUAAGGAUUUUAGAUUACAGUUUACGCUCUAAAACGUAAUAAGAAAUAGUAGUAGCAUGAAGUUCGUGAAUAUCUUUAAAAUUAUAGUUUGAAACUAAUUGGGAUAGAUUUUAAAGUUCUAAAAUGAGUGGUAGUUUUAUAAUAAGUCUGUGAAUGUACAUGUGUCAGGUCGUCGUCGUGCGACUCGUACUUCGAGCCGUGGCAGGCGGAACUAGCGGACAUGAGACUGAGACUGUCGCCUCAGGAGCGGGACCUGCACAUGUUCAGCGAGGAGGACGACAGGCAUGUCGUCGCACAGGUAUAUAUUGUUUACCACCUGAUAUUUGUAACGAUUUGAGAUUAACCGAGUCCGCGGCGACAGCUGCUGCGGAUAGACAUCGACGCCGCCAACGAACUAGCUGACAGACAGCGUUGGGUGGAGGAGGUGUCCCGCAUGGGGUACAUCGACGGCGACUCCCCGCGGCCCCCCGCGGAGAAGCGCCCCCCCGCGCCCCCGCCCGCGCCGCCCACCACCACCAAGAGGUUGUGCAAAGACAGAGAGAGUCCCAUAUCGUCUCUGGUCGAUAUACCAACACCGUUGAAUACGGUGAAAAUGAGGGAGAGAAAUUCACCAAGGAAAAUUAAAAACUCGUCCCGCUACAGCGGCUUACACCAUCCGCUGAACCUCGAGGAGAAAAACAUGAACCGUCUCUCUUGGCACGGCAAAGACCAUUCUACUUUAAUCAAAGUAGACUGGCCCGUAGAGAACUCGUCCGUCAGUAACUUGACCACUAGCACGCUAAACUCCACCCCCUUAACACCAGUAACACCUGUUUAUGAUCCGUUAGAAAGCGACUCGGAAGUGAGCGAGACGAACAAACGCACAAUAAAAAUAAGCAACUGCGAUAAUUGCGAACAGGAGAAGUGUUUGAAAUGCGAAUUGAAAGCGGCGGACAGCGAGAUAAAUGUGGACCCAAAAGACAGUCUGGAUCCCAGUCCGAUUCAUUCCACUGACAUCAGUUAUCAGAAUUUGAAUAGACUGUCCGCUGUGUCGACUUCUUCCAACUCUGAGUCGGAUAAGAAGAGGCAAUACGAAAACUGUGACGUCAUGAAAAUCAUGACUUCAUCCCACGAGAGCUCUUCGAGCUUCUCCAACGCCAGUCUCACCAAACAGAGCGACGACUAUGAAACUUUUAACUUCAACCGACCGAAUUAUAUAAAUUUACAAUCGUCGUCAACUUCUAAAAGUUCACCGGGAAGCCCUCUGAAAAGUCCUCUGAAGUCUACUAUAAGUAUAACAUUCCGUUCGCCCACUAAAACUAAAACUCCUGAUUAUGAACCCAUAGAUAAUUUAGAUACACCCACCAAUGAUAGAGAUUCUGUUUACGAAGACAUUGAUUUAGAGAAGAACUUGUCUAUAGUUGAAGAGGCUAGUGUACCGGAAACGGACGCCUCACUGCCGACUCAGCAAGCUUGCCAACCGGAAGACUUCAAAGAUUUGAUAAUUUUAGAAACGCCUACUGAACAAGGGAUAGACGUAUACAGCCAAGUGAAGUUUUUCAAAAAGAGUAUAGAGGAAGUGAAUGCUAUGCUAUUAGAAACUCCAGAAAAGGAAUUGCAUUAUGAAAACGUAGGUUUUAAACAUAAAGAAUACGAAAAUAUUAACGUCGACGCGUUGAAAAUCUGUGAUAAAGAUCUAUCUAUUAAUAUAGAUAAUAAAGAACCUAAUAUUGAAAAAGAAAACGGGAACAUAAUUAAAGUGUCUAAUUUAAAUGUUAGAGAAUUAGCUAAUAGGUUCGAAAGUCCUACGGAGCAAAAAGGUCCGUUCACUUUCGAAAAAUUCAAGGCAGAAAUUAAAUACCCUAGUUUGGAAAGGAAAGAAGAAGACAAGAAGAUUAAUAAAGAAUCUAGAAAAAAGGAUUUAACCAUUAAGCUACCUCCGCCAGUAUCACCAAAAACCUAUAAGUUAUCAAAACAUUCCUGCAACGCGCGUUCGUUAGACGAAAACGCUUUCAUCAAGGAGUUUGGAGACGAUAAAACUUACGUGGACAGAAGAAAAAGUUUGGAAGUCAAAGAAAAACAGAAUAAAGUGUUACCAGAUCUGAAUUUGAAUAUAGAAGAAGGUAAAACAGAAUGCGUCACACCUACUACGGAGAAUAAGAUAUCUUUAGUUCAGAGAUUCGAAAAGCGACCGACCGAUUUAAAGGCUUUAUUGAACUUUGACACCGAGAAGAAAUUGAGUAGGGAACGGAUAGAGAAAUAUAAAGAGGAGAGGAGGAUUUUUUUAAGAGAAAAGUAUAGUUCGCAGUCUUUCAGAAGUAAUCCUGAACAAUUGACUAGAAUUAAGAUUAAGAAAGAGCAGGACAGAAUAGAAACGUGCGACAGGCUAAAAGAGGAAUUGCCUAAAUUCGAGAGGCGGAACACGGUAGAUUUAGGUCAAAGAAUGAGAUUCUCGCUAGCGAAAAGUGUGAACAAUUUAGAUACUAUACCGUCUCCCUCUAGUCCAGAGAAGAAAUUAGAAUUGAAAAGGGACGGGGAAAGUAGUAAUGGCGCUGGUCGCAAAGAAUUUGAUAGGAAAGAAAAAAUAUCCCCUUCAUAUAACAUCAAAGACAUGGCAGCUCUCUUCGAACAGAAAUCUCAAACGAACGGUUGACGAAACGCAAGCGGCGCCGCGCGACCUAACUAGAUAUUAUACUGACUAAUUAAGAAAUGGCUUAAAUCGCAUUAUUUUGUAGAUAAUAACUCUUGUUGCAAGGCAAUAAAUGUGGUUUACCUGUAUCUUUUUUAUUUUAUCUAAGGGGUACAUUCUGAAUUUAUAGUCGUCUAUUAUUCCAUUUAAUUAAAAAAAGCCUUUAAUCUCAUUUGUUUUGUAUAAUGAUAAUUUAAUACAAAAAAAUUAUACAAUCCUGAUUCAUUGUCGACGUUUAUAGUUAAAAUGUGAAUAAAAAAAUCGUUAACAGCAUUUUGAGAUUAAUUAUUUAAAAAAGAUUUCAUUGAAAAUAAGAUAUAAUUAUAAAUUUACAUGCUUUAUGGUGCAAAAUUAUUUAUAUUAAAAAUUGUAUAAUCAUUUUUAAAAAAGCUACUCCAAAUAUACAUGUUAUAAUUAAAGCAUAUGUUCGCGCGGCGUCUUUUGCAAAAUUGUUAUUGUAUUAUUAUUACUAUAUUUAAAUAAAUAAAUAGUUAACUUGUGUGAAUGUCGCCUGUACAGUAUGAGUGGAAUCUCGCUACGUUGUUUUUUUUUUAUAUAUAUAAAUAACACUUGUGUAUAUGUGUGUACAAGGUAUAAUAUAAGUGAUUUGUUGACUUAUUUAUUAUUGUCAUUAUUUUAAUUGAAACUUAUUAUUAUGCGACUAAUAUUAAAUAUUAUAUCACUUUUAUUUAAUAGUAAUCAUAACAUCACACACAAAACGUCUAGUAUUAUUAUUUUUUAUUUAACUGUUUCUCUAAGUCUUUAGUUUUGUACAGAUGUGCACGUAAGUUAUUUCUUUGUUGAUGUUUUUAUUAUUAUUGUUUAUGACACCUGUUCUUUUAGCAAUUGAAUUCAUUGGUUGUACACACGAUUACUGUUAAUAUUAAAAACAGCAAUUCAAAAUCUAUGAUAGUUUAAACAGAUUUUCUAUAAAUAACAAACUGAUUUGUAUUAACUAACAUUAAUUUGUUUUUUUAUGAAUGUAUUAGCGACUGUACAACAUUUU